AUGGGUUCCGACAUGGCCGACCUGUUGUCCACGCUGGCGACGCUGCGACUGGCGCUGCCGUCGACCUUGCUGUUGUUGCUGCUCGGUCGAUUCGCGGCCAAGGGCUUUGUGGCGCUCAUUGCGCGCAUACAGGCACAAGAUUGGGUCGAAACCGAUACCGACUAUGGCCCAAUCGAUGCACUGAAUAGGACCAAUGCCAGAGCCGCAGACGGCGAGGACGAGGACGGUAUCGUACCCGUCGUGCUCGUCGUCAACACACCGAGACGGUCCUGGAUCGUCGCCUUCUUCGGCCUCGUUGCGGCGACCUAUUUUGCUGACGGUAUGGCACAGGGUACGUCCGGUCCGUGAACUUUGCUGUCAUGCCCAGAGCUGACACCUGACGCCCACAGUCAUUGCGUCACUGAUCACGUCGACGUUCGAGCCGUCCGAACCCCUAUUCCGGCAAAUGAUCCCGUACACCGUCGGAGGCUUGCUGUCGUACGUCCUCUGCGUCGUGGCCAUGACGCUGCAAGAGAGGGCAAGGAAAAAACAAGCCGAUUGGGGUCGGGUGUAUCCUCGGGCGUUGGUCCUGGUCGGCCUCACCUUGGACGCCGCGGUUGCAUAUUAUUUCGGCCGCAUAGUACAGCAAGGUGGGCGUCAAUGUCUUGCGGAGCAUCCUCAGCGACCUGACAACAAGCACUUCCCGAGACUCUUCCUCGUUCGUACAGACGCUUCCAUGCGACCCCCAGCAACGCCUUUGCCAAGUAUCCAUCUCGGCAUCCUCGCCCUCCGUCUGUUGCUUCUCGUUAUGCUCUCCCUACUGCAAUCUUCGCUCCUUUACAAGCGAUCGUACGUGCCAAAGGAUGGACCAACGACUGGCGAACGGACGAGUUUGCUCGGAAACGGUGGCGUUGCGAACGGUGAUAGUGGCGACUAUGGCACGAUCCCGAGCAAACCCGCAUAUGGGCCGUUAAGGUCUUCGAGGCCGUAAGUCGACUCAGUAGCCUCGGAUCUUGCCGCACAGAUGGUAGACAACAGUUAACCGACUCUUUCUUCUGCAGCCCGUCAAACCGACCGCCAGACCCAAAAUCACUGUCGAUCCUGACCUUGUUCAGUCGCGUGCGCAUCCUGUUCCCUUAUUUGUGGCCGUCAAAGUCGCUGUCGUUGCAGAUCGUGUCGCUCGUCUGCAUCGGGCUGAUGCUGUUUAGGCGUGUUGUCAAUGUCUGGGUACCGCUUUUGCUCGGUCGUGUCGUAUCCGAUCUGUCCGCCGGUCGACCGCCUUAUCUCAACGUCGGCCUUUACACGAUUAUGAGCUUUUGGCAAGAAUCGAGCUCUAUGCUGUGAGUCUUGGCGAGCGCUCUUGCCAUCGCGAAUCGUUUCGACGACUGACGGGUCUCUACCUUGCUAAUCUAGGUACCAAUAUCUGUCUCUCCCUAUCAAACAAUAUUCGGAACGAGAAAUGUCGAUGCUCUCGUUCGAUUGUCUUCUCAACCUCUCCUUAUCCUACCAUACCCAUCGCAAGACCGGCGAACUCUUGCGCAUUCUCGGUCGUGCCGACGCAAUCAACGACUUCUUCCAGAUUCUCAUCUUCAGUUUCGUCCCAGUCAUCAUCGACUUGCCCGUCGCCGCGGUCGUGAUCGGUUACCGAUACGGGUGGGGUAUCGUCAGCAUCGUCACGGGCGUUUCGAUCGUCUUUGUCGCGACGUCCAUCAUACUCGCCGAGAGUCGCACCAAGUUAUACCGCAAGCUACGUGACGAGUCGCAGUUCAUGCAUCAGAUCAAGACGGAUACGUUGUUCAACUGGGAGACCGUCAAGAUCUUUACGGCCGAGCGAUUCGAGUCCGAGCGCCUACGCAAUGCCUUGCGGGUGUAUCAAAAGGGAUCGUUCAAAGUCUACAGUGUGUGUUCUUCGUCUUCCGAAACUGCGUCUUCCGAAAUUGUGGUUUCAUUUCUGACCAGCGUUGAUCGUUCUGCAGGCUUGGAACUCGUUGUCGCUGAUGCAAAAUGGGAUCUCUUCCGUGGGCUUCCUCGUCUGUUCCUUCAUCCUGUCCCGACGGAUUGUUCGUGGCGAGCUCGAGGUGAGUAUAGGGCUGGGUGCGUAUUUUGCAGCUUCACCCGAUUUCUCACUUCUCGUUUGACUUUGGUCCCCCCUCUAGGUCGGAGAAUUUGUGACCUUUUCUUCGUUCCUCAAUCAACUCUACACUCCCUUGAAUCAGAUUGCCACGCUAUACCGCCAGGUGAUGUCGUCCCUCGUCGACACGGAGCAAUUGAUGGAACUACUCAACGAGAAGAAGGACAUCGUCGACCGUCCCAACGCUUUACCUCUCGUCAUCCCUCCCGGACAAGGCGGCACGAUCGAGUUCGACAACGUCAAAUUCUCGUACGACGACAAAUCCCAGACCAUCAAAGGUGUUUCCUUCAAAAUUCAACGGGGACAAUCCGUCGCCCUUGUCGGACCGUCGGGAAGCGGCAAGAGCACGAUCAUGCGCCUCGUAUAUCGCUUCUUCGACGUGUCCGAGGGCCGCAUCCUCGUUGAUGGAGUGGACGUGAGGGAUUACUCGCAGGUCACGCUCAGGAAUGCGAUCGGUUUGGUACCGCAAGAGAGCAUCUUGUUUAAUGAGACGGCCAGGUACAACAUCGCGUACGGGGGCGGCAUCGAGACGACGACGGAGCAAAUGAUCGAAGCCGCAAGAUCAGCGGCGAUUCACGAUAGGAGUGAGUGAGAGGGUGUCCUAAAUUACUUCGUCGUCACGUGGACUGAAUAACUGCGUUUCUCUCUCGCCCAGUCAUGUCUUUCCCUGAUCGCUACGAGACUCGAGUUGGGGAGCGAGGACAGCGCUUGUCCGGCGGCGAGAAGCAGCGCGUCGCCAUCGCUCGGGUCCUGCUCAAGAACCCACCCAGUAGGUCGAAACAUCCACUGCUUUCAUAUGGACUUGGCAGUUUGCUAACGCGAUCCGCUCCCCUGACGAUAGUCUUGUUGUUGGACGAAGCGACUUCGGCACUCGACACGACCAACGAGCGACUGAUCCAAGCUCGACUGCGCGAAUUAUCGCGGGGGAGGACGACACUCGCGAUCGCGCAUCGACUUUCGACCAUGUAUGUACUGGGAAUAGGUAUUCGAAUGUUUGGAAUCUUAUUUCUGACCUUUGUGCUUCUGAGGCAGUGUCGAUUGCGACGUGAUUCAUGUGCUUGCCGAGGGCAAGAUUGUCGAAUCGGGAUCGGUGAGUGACGAUAGUAAAGCAUGAGCGAAGAUAUGCAGGUUGCUGAUACUUCCCUAACUCAUUCUGGAAGCACAAUGAGCUGCUCGAGCAGGAUGGUGUGUACGCCGAGCUCUGGAGGAAGCAAAGCGAAAGCGAGGAAGGGGCGACACCUUCGACCGGGCCCACGCGCUCGGCGACGCCUACCGUUAAAACGUAG